GCAGCCUGAUAAAGGCUGGGCCGCAGGCAGCAGAGCUCAGUAUGCCUGGCUCCUCUGGUGUUCUCUGUGGUCAUGACACAGCUGCUGCUGCUCAUUGUGGCUCUCCUGGCCCUGGGUCAUCUGCCUCCAGGGAGAAGUGAAUUUAAGCGGUGCUGGAAGGGCCAGGGGGCCUGCCGGACUUACUGUACAAGGCAAGAAACCUACAUGCACAUGUGCCCAGAUGCCUCCCUGUGCUGCAUCCCCUAUGGAAUUAGGCCUCUGAUCUCUAAGCCUUAA